CUUUUCGAGCCUCCCCAAAGGAAAUCUGCAAUGCAAGACGCAACGUAGAGCUUCCUUUCAAUCUGCACGCGGACAGAGCGUGUCAGUCUCUGCACAGGAAUGGACGAAUCCAACGGGAUGCCCAUUGUGGGUGCACGGCGGAACAGGUCGCGGAGCAAUGGCGCUGCAAAUGGACAUACCGGGCCCUUAUACAGGAGGGACUCCAAUAUGUCGACCUCAAGCUUCCUGGACGAGGUGGAAAUGGCGCAAGACGAGAUGUUUGCGGGCCCAAUGGGCGAAAGUGUCCCUACGAGCGUCUCCUCUUUUGCCCAUCGACGCGGCAGAGCCGAUUCCACCACCAGCUUUACAUACUACCAGGAGGACGAGGAUGAACCCCUCCCACCCUCUGAGGACGAUAGUGCUAUCUUGGAUGAUGAGUCCGAGUUGAAUUUUGAAGGGGAUGAAUCCACAGAUCUGGAAGCCGGAGAACUAUCUACUAUGCGAAGAAGUUCAUCUGGAGUUUCUCGAGGUUCUGUUCAUGAUCGGUUGCUCAGAAGUGACAGUGCAAGGACAGACGGCAGUACUCUGGGGCGUGGACACCGUACCAGCCAGAAGAUAUACAUUGUUACAGAAGAUCUCACAAUUGUUGUUGCAGGAUUCCGAACAUCGGCUGUGGGAUUUGCGAUGUACGCGACAAUUUGCAUUUUCACUCUGGGGUUGGGAUAUCUUCUCUUCCGUUGGGUACCUCGUUGGCAGGUGAAUAUCAUCGGAGUUCCAUGUCCAUUGCGAAACUGUUCAUGGGUUGUCAUUGAGAAUCAAUGGGGAGAGUUCGUAACCCAGGAGGUGGAAUCCAAAGAAUAUGGACGCUCUCUAUCCACUGUAUUUGGAACUUCUGAAAAGCGUUAUAUCAUGUCCUACGAUGAGGAUGACGAUCCUGUACUUGAGGACCUUAAGAUUCUAGAUUAUCGCUACAUGCGAUUUGCUUUCCAUCCUCUGAAGGACAGAUUUAUGCUGAGCAACAGCUGGAAAGAUCCUGCCUGGACUGACGUGAAGAGUAUAAGAGCGGGUAUUGAUGGGGAUGAAAAGGAGAACCGAGAACUAGUGUUUGGCAAGAAUCUGAUUGAUAUCAAACAGAAGACGAUCCCGCAACUACUCGUUGACGAGGCAUUCCAUCCAUUCUAUGUUUUUCAAGUUGCCAGUCUAGUCCUCUGGUCUCUGGAUGAGUAUUACUACUACGCCGCCUGCAUUUUCCUGAUCUCAGUCGUCAGCAUCACCACAACCUUACUAGAAACACGAUCUACAAUGAAAAGACUUCGAGAGAUAUCAAGGUUCGAAUGCGACGUGCGAGUGCUGCGAAACUCUUUCUGGCGUUAUGUUCCUUCGAGUGAACUCGUUCCUGGAGACGUGUAUGAAGUCACGGACCCUGCUUUGACACAAUUUCCGUGUGACAGCAUAUUGCUGGCUGGCGAUUGCAUCGUGAACGAGAGUAUGCUUACUGGCGAAUCUGUGCCCGUAUCUAAAGUUCCUGCGAACGAUGAAUCACUUCGUGCUUUGAAUCUUGCCGCCUCGUCAAUAGCACCCGAGCUUGCUAGACAUUUCCUUUUCUGUGGUACUAAGAUCAUUCGUGCGAGACGACCUCAGGACGAUAAAGAUGACGAGGCUGUGGCACUUGCUAUGGCGGUACGAACUGGCUUCAAUACCACCAAGGGUGCACUUGUUCGGUCCAUGCUCUUCCCGAAGCCCUCUGGCUUCAAAUUCUACAGAGACUCCUUUCGGUACAUCUCCGUUAUGGGAGGCGUCGCCAUGUUGGGUUUCGUGGCUUCAUUCAUCAACUUCGUCCGCUUGAGACUAGCAUGGCAUUUGAUCAUCGUCAGGGCACUUGACUUGAUCACAAUUGUUGUUCCUCCAGCCCUUCCAGCGACGCUGACUAUUGGGACGAAUUUUGCAUUGUCUCGGCUGAGAAAGAAACAAAUAUUCUGUAUUAGUCCCCAACGGGUCAAUGUUGGUGGCAAGCUUGACAUCAUUUGCUUCGACAAGACCGGAACUCUCACUGAGGAUGGCUUAGACGUGCUUGGACUCCGGGUGGCACAACGACCUUCGAAUCGUUUCAGUGAGAUUCUACCAGAUGCGUUGUCUCUCCUACCAGGGGCAGCUUACGAGCGAGAUCCCACAAUUGAAUAUGACGCUCACAAAGCAGCACUGUACACGAUGGCCACUUGCCAUUCCUUGCGUGUCGUGGAUGGCGAGCUUGUUGGGGAUCCGCUGGAUGUGAAAAUGUUCGCUUUUACAGGCUGGUCAUUUGAGGAAGGCGAGCAGGGAGGUGCCGACAUUGAGGAAGAGGAACAGGGUGACCUCUCUCCGUCUAUUGCACGUCCUCCUGCUGGUAUGGAAUACGACCUGGACGACAACGACACCGCGCAAGGUUCAGGCAGAUCUCCUAUCGAGCUUGGUGUCCUGAAGACAUUCGAGUUUGUAUCCCAAUUACGGAGAGCAAGUGUGAUUGUUAGGAAUUUCGGUUCCCCAGGCUGUGAUGUUUACGUCAAAGGCGCACCUGAAUGCAUGAAAGAUAUAUGCAGAGUAGGGAGCUUUCCCGUUGACUACGAAGAGCUUCUCGCCUACUACACACAUAGGGGCUUCCGAGUUAUUGCUUGUGCCACCAAACAUAUCGCCAAAAUGAACUGGGUUAAGGUCCAAAAGAUGAAACGAGAUGAGGCAGAAUCAGGGCUGGACUUCAUUGGGUUCAUCAUUUUCGAGAACAAAUUGAAAUCCAGUACAGCAGGUGUACUCGACGAGCUCUCCCAAGCCGAAAUCAGAAAGGUUAUGUGCACUGGUGACAACAUCCUCACAGCUAUCAGCGUUGCACGCGAAUGCAAUUUGAUCGAUAAAUCCGCACAUUGCUUUGUGCCCCAUUUUGCUGAAGGCGACUGUCAAGAUCCCAAAGCACGCAUAGUAUGGGAAAGUAUAGAUAACAACAUUUUCACCCUGGAUGAGCACACUCUUACGCCGUUACCUCCACCAGCGGAAGGAGAUGCGUCUCUACCAUAUGACAUCUCGAACUUGCGAAAUUAUUCCUUGGCAGUCAGUGGCGAUGUGUUUCGCUGGAUUAUUGACUUUGCUCCUCCCGAAGUAUUGCAAAGGAUGCUUGUUUGCGGACAAGUCUUUGCUCGCAUGUCUCCAGAUGAGAAACAUGAACUAGUCGAGAAACUGCAAAGCAUCGACUACUGUUGUGGAUUCUGCGGGGAUGGCGCCAACGACUGCGGUGCCCUCAAAGCAGCGGACGUUGGAAUCUCUCUUUCAGAAGCUGAAGCGUCUGUCGCUGCGCCUUUCACGAGUCGUGUGUUCGACAUUACAUGUGUGCCGGAAGUAAUACGGGAAGGUAGAGCUGCAUUGGUCACAAGUUUCAGCUGCUUCAAGUACAUGAGUCUCUACUCGGCUAUACAGUUCACAUCUGUGAGCUUCCUCUACGCAUCUGCAUCGAAUCUAGGCGAUUUCCAAUUCCUUUUCAUUGACCUUCUCUUGAUCCUUCCUAUUGCCAUCUUCAUGGGGUGGACUGGACCAUUCCCUGUUUUGUGCCGCAAACGACCAACUGCCAACUUGGUAUCGAGAAAAGUGUUGACCCCCUUACUUGGACAAAUUGCCAUCUGCAUAUUGAUCCAGGCGGUUGGUUUCGAAGCUGUUCAAAAGCAAUCUUGGUACAUACCACCUCACCUUGAUAGAGAAAAGUCGAAUAUCACGAAUUCCCAAAACACCACAUUGUUUCUGGUAUCCUGUUUUGAAUACAUCCUCUCGGGAAUAGUAUUGAGCGUUGGACCACCAUUCCGUCAAUCCAUGGCACACAACUUGCCUUUUGUUGUCACCAUUGUUGUGGCUCUGCUCUUCACCUCCUACAUGCUCUUUGACCCCUCAGAGUCAUUCGCGAGAUUCAUGCAAUUGACGCCGAUGAGCUGGGAUUUCAAAACCUUCAUUCUAGUCCUUGAUUGGAUACUCGAUGGGGGCUACCUUCCCCAUGCUGUGAUCCGCAUUGGGAUUCGGCGCCAGCUCCGAGACCGUAUUGAGAUCAUCAAAAGUACUUCUCUUGAAGAGUCAUACAAGCGUAAGAUGAAAUACGUCGAGCUUCUCCGCACCCGUCCCAUUGCCAUUGAGACAGCAACGGCGAACGAGCAACAUUAUGAAGUCGGCACGGGGGUCCUUCAAGCUUGCCUUGGACCUAGAAUGAAGUAUUCCAGCUGCCUAUACCCGAAAGGUAGCGAGACUCUUGCCCAGGCUGAAAUUGCGAUGUUGGAGACCUACGUGGAGAAAGCACAAUUGAAGGAUGGCAUGAGUAUAUUAGAUCUCGGUUGUGGUUGGGGAUCUGGAGCUCUGUACUUUGCUGAGGUUCUUCCAAACUCCAAGGUCACAGCAUUCUCGAAUUCAAGGACGCAGAAGAUAUAUAUUGAUUCCAAGGCUAAAGAAAAGGGUCUCACCAAUUUAACUGUCAUCACCGGCAAUAUCGUUGAUUAUGAGUUUGAGAAGGACAGUUUUGACAGGGUAGUCUCGAUCGAGCUUUUCGAGCACAUGAAAAACUACGAACUUCUUAUGGCUAAAAUCUCAAGAGCCCUGAAACCUUCUGGGAAGCUCUUUGUCCAUAUCUUCAGUCACAAGACCUCGCCAUAUGAUUUUGAAGACGGCUGGAUGAGCACACACUUCUUUUCUGGAGGGACAAUGCUUUCAGCGGAUCUUCUACUUUACUUCCAGCGAGAUCUGAAGCUAGAGACCCAAUGGUGGGUUUCAGGCAAGCACUAUGCCAAGACCUGCGAGGACUGGCUAUCAAAAAUGUGUGGCAGCAAAAAGGAAAUUUGGCCACAUCUCACCGAGACCUAUGGUGAGAAAGAUACGGCCAUGUGGUACUAUAGAUGGCAGAUCUUCUACAUGGCGUGUGCCGAGCUGUUUGCGUAUGAGGGUGGUGAUACUUGGGGCGUAUCUCAUUACUUAUUUGAGAAGCCCGCCUCUAAUUAGAACACUUAGAACACUAGAUCAUAGAUAGUACCUCAAACUCGAUGGGCUCUGG